AGGAUAUCCUCCUUCAGCUGAGCUACGUAAUCAAGGACUAAUCCCUUUUGGGAUGGAUCACCUAGUCGCCCUGUGACAUAGUAACUGCUAUGCACGGGUCUUUACUUUAAAAUACCAUCCUUAGUUACAAGCUAAUUAAAAAUUGGAAAAGGCAAUAGUAUAUCAGGGAACUUCAUAAGAGGUCAGGUUUUAAUAGUUAAAACCCAUUGAGUUGCUCCAGAUUUUAGAUCCUCGAUCUAUAACCUCUCUGAGCUUACAAUGCGCCCAUGAUUGAUCACCAUGAGCUACCACCCUUUAUUCGAUUCGCUAGGUGUAGCCUUGCUCACUGUAUCUAUCCUUGGGUUUACUCCUACAUCUUCUCUGCUGCGAAUAGCUUGCCUCCCCAUAUUAGGUUCGUUGACCUGGCAUUGUCUUCUGACAUGCCCCGACUACAUUGCGAGAAGUUCUUGGGCCUCAGCUGUUGGGGGAUACACACUGUCUUUAUUCUUUCAUUACUUAGAUGUUGCGGUUCUCAGCCGCUGGAGUUCCGAAAAUAGGGGAAAAUCUACAACUCCAGGUGCAUUUUCCGAAGUAGCAUAUCGAAUGAAGUUUGGCUUCUCUACUUUAUUCUCAUGGCGUUUCAUUAAUACCCCAGAUCAAGUCAGAAACAUCCCACCGUUGAAAGAAGAGCUACGUUCAUCCAAAGCGCGAUUCCUCGGUAACACGGCGGCAAUAAUAAUAGUUUGCUACCUGCUACUCGAUGCUAUGGAUGCCUCAUCAGAUACGGUACCCGAGUUUUACUCGAUCGACAAGAUCAGCAUGCUUGCCAGAAUUCAGGAUGUCUCACUUGAAGAGCUCAUCAUGAGGUUCUUCGCCGCCGUUGGGCUCGGUGUAGGUCUAGUGUCAUUUCAACGUGGCGUUUACAGCAUCGCGGCCUUCUUCUGCGUGGCGAUAGGUCUGAGUUCACCUGCGGAUUGGCCGCCAUAUAACGGAUCGGUCUUGAAAAUUUCCAGCCUGAGGUAUUUCUGGAGCACUUUCUGGCAUCAAACUAAUACCCACCGACUUCAUACUUUCUCCAGCUUUUUUAUACACGACGUACUCCGUAUACGAAAAAAUACCAAGUUGGCGCGAUUUCUACGUGUCUGGGUAGUAUUCUUCAUAUCUGGUGUAAUACACGUAGCCAUCGAUUCCUCUGCAGGAAUACCAGUCCAAGACUCAGGGGCGCUGCGCUUUUUCCUCAUCCAACCAUUGGGAAUCAUUGUCGAGGACGUAGUUGGCCCUUACCUGUCUCCCUUAACUUCGGAAUAUCGAAUAGUUCAACGUUGUCUAGGUUUUAUAUGGGUGGGCCUAUGGAUGGCCUGGACGGCACCUGGAUACCUUUAUCCUAUCAUUAACAAAAGUGACCCCGGAGAUGGUGGAGUGGUGCCAGUUAGUAUCAUUAGCUAUGUUAAGCGUUUGAUAGAAGAACUAUAGAUCCGUACCUAGUGAGUAAGUGGUUUCUCAAGAUUCUGGUCACCCUGCCUAGGAAUGCGUGUUCCCCUCAGAUAGCCUCACCAAACCAAAGCGAGUUUCAUUGAGUCCUUCGGAAGAGGCAAAUCGUGAAAUCCUUCUAUUCGAUGGUGAGACUAGGUCGAAGAGCAACACUGUUCCAAGGCAAUGGAGCUACUAAUGUUAAUAUCAUUAGACGGGCGGUACGUAUGAUACCAGGUCGUGGUAACUUGGCGGUAUAUGCUUAAGAUAGAGCUUCAGACCGAGAUAGAAGUGGUGUAAUAAUCUAGAUUCAGGGGUUUCUAAGCCGUGGAUCUAUCAUCUUCAUCAUGUCCUUAGCUAGUCCAUAUCGCUAGGACAUCACGAUACCGAAG